CGACUCUCGUUGUUCAGGACUCCUUCAUAUCUGUGCCCUGCACGUCUGCGUCUAGCCCUCUCGCAUCUCACCUGUCUCCUCAAACUGUGUCUGCUGACCUCUUCAGUAUGUCGAAACAAAGCAAAUCCAAGGAUCCUUCGUCCAAAGGCCGCGCUGUCGGGCAGGCUGUUGUCGAGCUGUUCGACAAGAUGUCCCUCCAUGGUGACGCCGCUGUGGACAUCGCCGUGGUCAAACUAGAUCAUCUGCUUGCUGACCCGUCGAUCGACAUCGACGAGGUUGUCGAGCUGAUGACCUCUGUACAGCAUCUUCUUGAGUUCGUCCUGUGCGUUUCCAGCGACUAUGGCUUUGGAAUCCUGUCCAUUGCGAUUCUACAGCGUCAACCAUCCACCGCCGAAGACUACCCCUCUUCUCUCUUGUAUAAACUCUUGGCCCAAUUAUCUCGGUCCCUCUGCCUCCCCUACGAACGCGCGUCCGACACGCCGCCGGUGCUCUCCGCUCACCGACGAUCUAUCGAGCUUGCCUUUUCCGUCCUCCAAGCAGUCACCCACCUAAAUGCCACAGACGCUCUCGCGGAACAGAUGGGUGACGAACUAGGAUCUGGCAGAUGGGCGGCGAAGAAUGAAGAGAAGCGGCACCAGAAGCGCAAGCGGUCGAUCCACACGGGUCGCGCGCCUCCAGUCGACAUCGUGAAGAGCAUCAUCCAGUACGGCGCGCCGGUGCCCACGUCGAAGCGGCAGGCGGCGGAGCUCGUGACGACGGUCGUCGCGGAGCAGACAUCCAUCCUACAGGAAGUUUUCAACAUGUUUCGGAAAGAAGAGACGAUCGCGUUCUUCAAGACGACAUACCUGCCUAUCCCGCCUGCUCCCACUCCUCUCACCGUCACCAUCCCCACCCAGCGGACACGUAGCGCGACAACCGCCCUGACGCCCUUCGUUCCGAUGACGGCCUGGCGCAUUCAAAUGUCUACCCGCGCCGAUCGAGACUUGCGUCGUUGGCGAAAUGAGGACGCGAAAAUGUUCGACAUCAUCGUGAACAAGAUCAAAGAUCUAUCGCACGGCAACUUCACGAAGGAUAACCACAAGAAGCUGACUGGGGUCGAGGUCGAUAUCCCGAUCUAUGAGGCCAAAAUGACCCGGGACUCUCGUCUUGUGUACCAUAUACACUGCGACAUCGAUUUUGAGGACAACGUCGAGCGCCAAGUAAUUCGCAUCUUUGGUGUGUAUACUCACGCACAAAUCGAUGGGCGAUUCUGGGACACCAUGGGCCGUCAGCUUGGCUACAACGGUCCAGAGUAUAGGAGAAGGUGCAUCUUCCGUGACCGACCUUCGAAUCAGAGAGGAGAUUACACAGUAUUGCCGGCAAGCUUCGAAGUGAGGUCCGACACAGAGCAAGAGGUGGUCACACCGUCAUCGUCGACGACAGAUCACCCGGAUCUGACGAGAGAGGACAAGGAAGAGUUACAUUCAUUGAUUGCCUUGGAGAAGUUUGUGACGUUCUCUCAAGCGUUCUUGAACAGCAUCCUCGCGGAUCAAGACGUCGCACAUGUCUUCGGGGUGUCACACCGCGAGAAGGAAAUAAUCGAGCAUGAUUCCUCGUGUUUCGUCAUUGGGAGGAGUGGUACCGGGAAAACGACGACGAUGGUGUUCAAGAUCCUCGGCAUCGAACGGACCUACGACACCGGCAGCUUCCGAUACGCGAUGGCGAAACCUCGGCAGCUCUUCGUCACUCAGUCUCAGGUUCUCGCCAAGAAAGUGGAGGAGUACUAUGCUAAACUACACCAGUCCUAUGCUACUGCACACCUUUCACCGGAUGAGCUUCUGGAAAUAGCCUCUCAAAGUCGUACUCGGCGAGAGCGGAUGGUCGAUGAGGACGAGGAGAUAUUCUACACGUCCACGCUCCCUCGACGGUUUGGUGCCCUCGAGGACACCCAUUUCCCACUGUUCUUGACCUAUAACCAUCUUUGUCGACUGCUCGAGAACGAAUUUCGUCAUCUCGUCGAACAGGAGAAAAUCGACGCUCAUAGGGCCUCUCUCCUCCGGGACAUCAUGAAGUUGCGCCCUCGUCCUACUCGGACCCGACCUGCGGCGUAUUUACAGGAAGAGAGGGAUACGUUCUUGGACUAUGACACGUUCCGCGAGAUCUAUUGGUCCCAUUUCCCCGAGAACCCCUUGAACCCCGACUUGGUUUGGGGAGAGUUUGUCGCUGUCAUCAAGGGUUCAGCGGGCGCCUUAAAGUCGGACUUGGGGUACCUCGACAAGGAGACAUACGUCGGGCAUGGCCAUAGUCGGAGCCAGACAGUUUCUCCAGCCCAACGGGAGACAGUAUAUGCGCUCUUUGAGGUGUAUACGAAGCGGAGGAAACUGCAUGGUCACCACGAUCCCGCCGACCGAACCCGUAUGCUGAUACGAUGCCUGAAGGCGGCGGGAGUUCCUGGGAAGGCUUUGAACUUCAUAUACGUCGACGAGGCACAAGACAACUUCCUCAUUGAUUCUCUUGUCCUGAAGGCCUUGUGCUCGAAUCCUCAUGGUUUGUUCUGGGCAGGGGAUACAGCUCAGACCAUCGCGGCAGGAAGCUCGUUCAGGCUUGGGGACCUGAAGGCGCAAUUGUACGACGUUGAGAAAAACCCCCUAAGUAUCAGCAAGCGUGCUCGACCUCAGACCUUCUAUCUCACCAGAAACUAUCGGUCCCAUUCCGGAAUCGUCGACUGCGCGCACUCGAUUGUGGAGCUCAUCACGAAUUACUGGUCUACGGCGAUCGAUGAUCUGCCACGGGAAAGAGGCAUGUCUCCGGGGGAGAAGCCUAUAUUCUUCAGUGAUCAUGAUGCAGCGAAGCUCCAACAAUCGCUCUUCAGAGAUGUUUCUGGCGGAGGUGUCAUUGAAUUUGGUGCACGGCAAUGUAUCAUCGUUCGGGAUCAUGCAGCACGCGACCGUCUGAAAUCUGAAUUUGGCAAGAUAGGACAAGUCCUGACGAUAUACGAGAGCAAGGGCCUUGAGUUCGACGACGUGCUCCUGUACAAUUUCUUCGAGGAUUCAAGCAUGAAUUACUCUCAGUGGCGUGUUCUCUUGAACAGCAUCCCAGGUCAUCCGGCCCCAAAUUAUGAUGACGGUCGGCAUAGUGGCAUCUGUCGUGAGCUCAAGCAUCUGUACGUGGCUAUCACCCGGGCCCGGCAAAACCUCUGGAUCACAGACUGUUCCCAGAAGGCGGAACCUCUCAGGCUUCUGUGGGCCACAAAAGGCGUUGUCGAAGAGCACAUUCCCGGUACACCCAUCCCCAAGCUGGCAAAGUCGUCCCGAAAGGAGGAAUGGGCGAAUGCGGCCCGCUCCCUAUUCGUGAAGCGCCAAUAUUCCGAAGCAGUGGAUGCAUUCGAGCGCGCUGGUCUUGCUCAAGAGCGUCGGGUAGCACUUGCGUACCACCUCAGAGACUCAGCCCGCAUGUCUCCUGUCAACGCACGUGGCAAGGAGCUGUCUCAGUCGGCCGCUUUCUCUAGGGCAGCUGAAGGCUUUGUAGCUGCCGCCCAAGGAGCAGGAGAGCCUGAGGACCAACGCACGUACUACCGCAUCGCUGCAGAGUGCUAUGUCAGAUGCGGAGACAGCGGUAAGGCAGGCGCUGCGUACCGACAUGCGGGAGAGUACACACUUUCUGCUCAGCACUUCCGCAAAGCAGGGAUGUUCGACGACGCCGUUGAAGUUAUCCAGGUCCACGAGACUGACGUUCGUCCUGACGUCGCUCAGAGUAUUAUCGACGUCUCAAAGCUGUACUAUAUCAAAGAGAACAAACUUGAGAAAGCAAGGGCUCUCUUUGAAGACGACGAAGAGGCCUUCGAGUAUAUGAACGAUCGCGACCUCAAUGCUCCACGUGCAACUCUUCAUGAGGAGAGAGAGGAGUUCGACGACGCUGCCGAGUGCCACCUCCGCGAAGGCAACAACCUCAAGGCGAUUGAGCUCUUCUUGCUAAACUAUCAACGCCAUCAGUCGUCCCACUCAUUGUUAAGGGCGGCAACGUGCGUUCUCAACGGUCUAUGGCUAUAUCUUGCUCUUUGGGCGCCCGAGGACAACUGGAACGACGAGACAAUCAUCAUACUGUUGGAGCAUGCUGAAGUCAUUGCCCCAGAGCUUCAAGAUGAUGAUUUGCGCAAUGAGAUCGCCAUGUUUCGUGCACUCUGGCAGAGUGAUUUUGCCACUCUUGCCCAUCUCGGCGAAUUAUUCCAUGCUAGGCAAGAGCACCACCCGGCUGCCUUGUUGUGUCUGGACCAUGUCUUCGCUCAAGACUUUGGUCUUGCUUCUGCCACAUUAUCGGAGAUAGCGCUCUGUUUUCAGCGGUUCCUCAUCUACGCCCGUUCUCUCUCCAGGUUCUCUUGUGAUCCAAACCCAUGCAGCAAUCCUUACAUCCAGAAGCUCUUCGCGUUCCGACGGCUCAACGACGACAGCGAGGAGCUAUUCUUCCUACCAAAAGUCUCCUAUCUCUACAUCCCGGCUCAGAAAAUCCUACGCGUCGAAGAGGACACUCCAAACUUUGAGAUCCACAUCUCUCGGUGGGAGCUCGAACGCCUCAUCAGGGCGGCGCUUCGGGAGGUACUAAGGGACAAGGUCUGGAGCCAGAACGAGAUGUGUCAUACCAUGCCUGGCUUGCGAACGUGUUUGCUCUUCGCCUCCACUCAGUCAUGCCCAAGACGACAAUGUUCACAACUCCAUAUCAUGGAAGCACCCCAAGAAGCGG